AUGCGAAUCCUCGCGCUGGCGAGCAUACUGCCCCGCGCUGAGAACAUAAAGAGCAGUGCUACACCCUUUUUUCACUUGUGCCUUUCAGGUGAACGACAGCCACUGACCGACAAGAACAAAACCGACCCGGGAAACUUGGGCAAAUGCUUUGAUCCUGUCUAUCAAAUAGUGAAUCCGUCGAACGUCGACGCCGCAUUGUUGGCGCCAACUGACACGAUGAGUUCCGGCUCCCAGGUGAGCUGCGAAUACGGGACCGCUAAGUACUAUGGCCUCUGCAGUUUGGGUGGUGUGCUAAGUUGCGGUACAACGCACACUGCAUUGACGCCUCUGGAUCUUGUAAAAUGCAGAAUUCAGGUAGACCGUGCAAAAUAUAAGAACAUUACUAACGGGAUUCGCGUAACCGUUGCGGAGGGCGGGAUCCGUGGUUUGGGACGAGGAUGGGCACCAACGGCGAUCGGCUAUUCCCUUCAGGGUCUUGGAAAGUUUGGGUUCUAUGAAGUUUUCAAGCACCUAUAUAAUGGCAUGCUUUCGGAGGAAAAUGCAUACCUAUGGCGGACGACCGUGUAUCUUGCUGCUAGCGCAAGCGCAGAGUUCUUUGCUGACAUCAUGCUCUGUCCCAUGGAGGCUGUCAAGGUCCGGAUACAGACCAUGCCCGGUUGGGCAAAUACCCUACGAGAAGGUGUCCCUAAAAUGCUCAAGGACGAAGGUCUUUUUGGCUUUUAUAAGGGCAUCGUACCACUCUGGGGUCGUCAAAUUCCAUACACCAUGAUGAAGUUUGCUUGUUUCGAGCGCACCGUUGAAGCACUUUAUAAGUAUGUUGUUCCCAAGCCCCGCGAUGAUUGUUCGAAAGCGGAACAACUCGUUGUUACUUUCGCUGCGGGUUACAUAGCCGGCGUUUUCUGUUGCAUUGUCUCCCAUCCUCCCGACACGAUUGUGUCCAAGUUAAACAAAGAUCCUAACGCUCGGCUUGUCGAAGUGGCCAAAAACUUGGGACUGCUCGGCAUGUGGAGCGGAAUCGGGCCGAGGAUCAUCAUGAUUGGCACACUGACCGCCCUGCAGUGGUUCAUCUAUGAUGGAUUCAAAGUCGCCAUGGCUCUGCCUCGGCCUCCACCCCCGGUGAUGCCGGUAUCUUUGCGAGAAAAACUAGAGCAUCGGAAGCAGUAACAACCCCUACCAUCUCCACCUGUUGUAUCUCUUCCUUGCCCACUCUUUAGCUCAUGAGGGUGAUUUUCUGUGCUAGUUAUUAGCCUUCUUGCAAUACCAAUUCGGUCGUGAAAUAAUAAUACCAAUGAGAUUGCACAGUCUUGAAAUAGAAAGUAUUUGUUACUUAUAUACAUGAAAGGUGGUGGGUAGGGAAUUAGUCCGAGUCGGUGAUGAUCCGUCGUCGUCGGCGUUUCUUUGGUUUCGGUGUAUUAAUAGAUGGCUCCUUUGGGCUGCAUUGUGCACCGGGAUCCUCACUGUCCACACAAAAGCUAUCGAGUUGAUAGUCGUCAUCUUGUUCCGGAGGCUGAAAUCCAAAGCAAACAUAUUUCGUUGUGCAGUGGUCAUCGUAAUAGUGAGUCUCACAAUAUAGCAUUAAGGCAGUCGUAAAACAAACCCAAUAGAGGAUUCCUUGAUAAACCAGUGGUCAGUCUCGCCGGUUACUCAAGCUGAGCAUAGAAAGGACCAUGAGGUACGGAGAAACCGCCUAUCGCUCCAACUCGAGUAUCAACACCGUUUCAGGGUCGCGGGUAUGGAACAGCUUGGCAAACACUAGGGACACUCCCGUUUAACUGCCUCUGCG